AAAAAACAAAAGAACAUCAACCAUGGGCAAGAUCAAGGACAUGAAGGAGUACAUCGGCACGGGCGAGCUCAUGAAUGACCGCCGCGUGUGGAAGGCUUUCCUGGCGGAGUUCCUGGGCACCAUGUUCCUCGUGUUCAUCGGCUGCGGCUCCUGUAUCGGCUCCUGGAAUGAGGGAUACGCCCCCAGUGUCGUCCAGAUCUCACUCGCCUUCGGGGUCACCGUGGCCUCCAUCGCGCAGGUAAGAGAGGGGCGGGGAUUCCUCUUUAUUAUCUACUAG